UAUUUUACCUAGUCAUUGCUUAAAUAUGCUUUUAAUAUUGUAUUAAAUUCAAAUUAAGUUAUUUGUCAUUAAAAAUAGAUUAUGACAUCUGAUUGUCAGCGGCAGGAGAUAUCUGGGUUGAAGAAGUUUAGUUCAAAUUCACACCAACAACGGUCAAUCAAACACAUAACACAGCUUCGCUCAGCUACUAAAGUUAAAUCAAACCAUUACAAAUCGAAACGAUUACAAAGCAACGAAUAACGAAAUCAACGAAUAUUCUGCAACAGUUACCAACAACCAAUGAUCAAAGUGAGACAAUGAGCGGUAAAGAUAUAUUUCUGUUAACCAUGAUGAUCUUCGCUACAUCUAUAUUAGUGGAGUCCAAGCGAGACUAUAUCCUAGAACUAGACUACAUUACACCAGCCGUCACGGACAUACCAUUCAUAAAACGUCUGAACUUUUCCCUAACAAAUAAAAAGGCUGCCAAUAUGGAUUUAAUGAUGAAGCGUAAUAUAACCAAAUGGCCGGUUAAAUUAUCCGUGUAUAUGCUAACAAAAAGCAAGAAACGUAUUUCACUGCAGCACACCACUUUCGAUGUGUGUGAAUCAUUUCGAGAUAAACGUUGGAAUAAAUUUAUUGGUGUGUUCCUAAAUGAGCUGCUUGACAAGUCUAAUCUACCGCGUAAAUGUCCUUUUGUUGAGAAUGUCCUCUAUACGGCGCGUAAUUACACAAUCGAUGAGGAGUGUUAUCCGCCCAUUUUGCCAGAUGGUUCCUGGGAAUUUACCUUAAAUCUAAAUAAUGCUGAUCCAAAGACAGGAAUUGUGACAAUUUCGGGUCGUGUAAAGAAUAAAUAAAAUAAUGCUUUAUGGCCUUGUCGUUUAACAUUCUGAGGCUACGACCUUAAAAAGUACAUUAUUCCGGUUAUAAUAUAAAUCAUAUAUAUUUGUGUCUUUUAUGAAAAACAAUUAGCUUAUAAACUAAAAUAAAAGAUGAAAUGCA